GGGGACAUCUCGGUGGCCGCGCAAUGGAUCAAGAGGCUGAACGAGGCAGCCCUUGACAUGCAACUCACCCCGGAUUUCAAACUGAGAAUCGCGGUGAGGUUACUUGAAGGGUUGGCAUCCAAGUGGUGGGAUGGAACCAAGGGCAAGUAUGGAGGGAAUGUUACUUGGGAGGAUUUUCGGCAAGAAUUCUUUGCCCAAUACUACUCGGACUUUGAGGUAAAUGCCAAGGUGAGAGAAUACACUCUUCUAACCCAAGGGGGUAACAUGACGGUGAAAGAACUUGAGCACAAGUUCAGGGACCUUGCCGACCACAUACCGGAG